CUCCGGGCAACUCGGCUGCGGUAGGCUUCGUGGAUACCCACUCUCCGCGGGUCCUGACUGCAGACCCCGCCCUCUUCAAUUGCCCAUCCGCUCCGCCAUCCCGAACCUUUCGAGAGUCUGUCCUGUCCCUCCUUGUUCUUUCUCACUCGCGGGCCGGAUCGGGCCGAGCCGGGCUGCCCGGGUGCGGUUCCUGACCAUGGCGUCCCUCUUCAAGAAGAAAACCGUGGAUGAUGUAAUAAAGGAACAGAAUCGAGAGUUACGAGGUACUCAGAGGGCUAUAAUCAGAGAUCGGGCAGCUUUAGAGAAACAAGAAAAACAGCUGGAAUUAGAAAUUAAGAAAAUGGCCAAGAUUGGUAAUAAAGAAGCUUGCAGAGUUUUAGCCAAGCAGCUUGUACAUCUAAGGAAACAGAAAACAAGAACUUUCGCUGUAAGUUCAAAAGUCACUUCCAUGUCCACACAAACAAAAGUGAUGAACUCUCAGAUGAAGAUGGCAGGAGCCAUGUCUACUACAGCAAAAACAAUGCAGGCAGUAAACAAGAAGAUGGAUCCACAAAAGACAUUACAAACAAUGCAGAAUUUCCAGAAGGAAAACAUGAAAAUGGAAAUGACUGAAGAAAUGAUCAAUGACACACUUGAUGACAUCUUUGAUGCCUCUGAUGAUGAAGAAGAAAGCCAAGACAUUGUGAAUCAAGUUCUUGAUGAAAUUGGAAUUGAAAUCUCUGGAAAGAUGGCCAAAGCUCCAUCAGCUGCCCGAAGCUUACCAUCUGCCUCUACUUCAAAGUCUACAAUCUCCGAUGAAGAGAUUGAACGGCAACUCAAAGCUUUAGGAGUAGAUUAAUUAAAAAAGCCAUUAUAUUUUGCCUAUUAUAAUUAUUUAGUAUAAACCAGGCAGAGUGAAGAUUCCUUUUACA